AUAUUAAAUUACUGAACAUCAGGACAAACAGAGGGAAGUGGAGCUGGACGAGUAGAGACAGGGACAGGCUCAGUCCGUGAACAUUGUUAUUAUCUUUAUUGGGCAUUUUGAGGAGGGGGUCAGGUUUUUUGUUUUUUAAAUAUACUGACUUUUUUUUGCAGAAGAGUGGAAAUGGACGCCUUGCGAUAUGGUUUUCUCCUGGUCUGUGCCUACUUUGUUUAUCAAGUUGAUGGACGCAAAACAUACGCUGACAUGUUCCCUCACAAGCAUGCAGCAAAGUUACCAUUUCCAAUUCCACCAAUUCCUGGCUGGGAUCCUGACACCAACCCAUGGGAUGAUUACCUCUACCCUCCACUAAACCCAAAGCUAAAAGAGCUCACACACCACAGAGGUAAACCCAAAGUUCGUCUGACCAGUGACAGCCCGGCUCUCAACGGCUCUUGCAUCUCCUUCACUGCAAAGCUGGAGUACCCUCCAUGCCAGAAGGAGGAUGCCAAUGGGGACCUUGUUUGGGAUGAGCACUGUGAGGAUGGUAUGGAGCUCGAGGCCUCAGCCAAUGGACAGGUGCGUUCUGGCUACGUGUAUAACUGGACUUCCUGGCUGGACGACUAUGGCUUUGGAAAGUGUACAGAUGUGAUGAAAUGCAAUGUGUUCCCCGAUGGAAAGCCCUUCCCUCAAAGCAACGACUGGAGGCGUAAGAGCUACGUCUACGUGUGGCACACACUGGGCCAGUACUACGAGACAUGUGACGGCUCCUCCUCCAGUUUGACCAUCAACACCACAAGCAUCCCUCUGGGUGCAGAGGUCAUCGAGGUCAUGGUCUACAGAAAGCGUGAGCGAAGGAAGUACAGCCCCCUCACCACUGAUAACACAGUCUUCUACGUCACAGAUAAGAUCCCAGUGGCGGUCAACAUCUCUCAGAAGGCUGCGGUCAACCAGUCAGAGAAUGUUUUCUUCCGUGGUGAGGACGUGGUCUUCAAAGUCCAGCUUCAUGACCCCAGCGGGUACCUGAAAACCGCAGCUGCUGUUGAUUAUAUCUGGGACUUCAGAGAUGGGAACCAGCUGGUGACACACCGUGACUUGACCACACACACCUACAGCACGCUGGGGAAAAUGAGCGUGAAGCUGGUGGUGGAGGCAGCGUUCCCUAUAGAGUGUCCACCAACUCUUGCCACCCCGACUCAGAGGAGCUCCUCGCUACCACCUCCAACAGAGGCUCCCACACUUCCACCCGUUACUCACGCUGCCACUGUCAAGAUGGACACCACACAGGUGCCACCCAGCACCCCGCCCAUUCCCGCCUCCUCUCCCAUUGCUAUGACAACAGGCAUGCCCACCACUGAGCCCCUGCCAACCCCAGAGUCCUACCCCACUGCACUGGCCUCGCGCCGCACCAGGCGCCUCAAUAGCAAUGGGUGCUUCCGCUACGCCCACGGGACCUUCACAGGCAACAUCACCAUCAUUGAGCCCAAGUACGCACUGAAGAGACAGCCUAACAGUCGCAUCGUGGAUGUGUCGGCUGCCAGAGUGUCCAAAACUGACAUCAGCUUUCUGGUGAAAUGUCUGGGCAACAUCCCAACAUCAGCUUGCACCAUCGUCUCAGACCCCACCUGUACUCAGGUGCGUGGCAUUAUGUGUGAUGACGUGCCACCAUUAUCAAAGUGUGAGGUGCGUCUCACGCGAACAUUCCCGGAGCCUGGCACCUACUGUGUUAACAUCACCCUGGAGGACUCCAGGAGCCUGACCUUGACCACCACCACCGUCACCAUCAACAAGUCCCAGGAUGCACCUGUGUCCAAGACUUCUCAUGCUGCAGAGGUGGUGCUCUCCUCAACUGCUGUGCUGGUGGCUGUCUUUGCAUUCAUUGCCUAUCUGGUCUGCAAGCGUUACAAGGUGUACCGUCCCAUUCGAAGGUCCCUGGUGGAGGAUGCCUGUGGCCGUGCUGGGGUCAGAAGUCGCAUGGUCCGUCUGAAGGAGGCUCUCUUCCCCUCCAGCGAAGAGAGCCAUCACCUGCUCACUGAGAGACGCCCCCUGUAGGCUUCAUAGAGCUGCGCCAAAGCAUGGCUGCCCUAAACAGCAAAAAUACUGAAGAAAAAGCACAAUUGACAUAUGCAAAUGUAAGCAAAAAUCUAAAUAAUUAAAAAGUCAGUAUAGCAGGAAUAGAUUGUCUGUGGAGAAAUACUACUAAAUCAUACUGAUGUGUUGUUUGUGGCUUAAUUAAAGUUGUGAAAAAGUGUUGGCUACAGCAAUGUAUGAUUAGCGUAUGUUUUACAAGGCUGUUAAAUGUCUGACUGAGGCACUGCUCCUUUUGAUCUCCUUGUGCUGUCUCGUCAUUGGAUGAAGUAGUUGCUAGGAGAUGAACUGGGUUCAAGUCUUGAUUGUUUUCUGAUCAAAAGAAAUGAUUUUGUGCAAAUUUUGUGCCAAGAGCUGUCGCAAGCUGUAAAGAGAAGAAUGAAAUCCUUGAGAUGGUUUUCCAAUAUAAAAUUUGUACUACUAGUGACACGUGCAUGCUCCACCCCAGUUACAAUUUUUUAACUGUUACUAAAAACUAAUUCAAGGAAAACCUGACUCGAGGACUAAUAAAGGUUGUCAACUAAUCACUCA